CUGGAGCUAUAAAUACAAAUCUAGGAAACAAAAUAUCUUUCCAGGAAAGGUAUAACAGUGGCUUACUUGACAAUCCAACAUUGUUCAUACACGAUUGGACUGGUAGCAGCAUUAUAUCUCCCUCCUUUUGGAUCUGCUACACACAGACUUGGAUAUGCAUAUGGCAGUGUAACAUUGGUCGAGGGACUUGCUCACAUUGGUGAUUCAGUAUGGCUAGCAAUUUUAAAUCUUUCGCACUUUCAUUAAGGACUGAAACCAACGAUGUAAACGUGACACUGUCCUGGAGCGAUGAUGAAGUUACACAUCUCUUUGUGGUGGUGUACAAACCACUUGGUUCGUAUCAUGCCAUGUACCUUAUUGAGACUGAGGACCUGGACCCAGAAGAACUGACACUGGAUCCAACAGAUGACGGUGGACCUACUGUGUUGGUGUAUGGGGUGAAGAUAGUGCCGACUGUCCAACAAAGUCUACGCAUGUUUCAAGUGCUGAACUCUGGCAGUGUCACAGUCGGCAUAUUUACAGGACCAGAAGUGUCCCUAACACUCAACAACAGUAAAACUCUGCUCACAACCAGUUUGGUGUAUACCAAGAUGGCUAUGGAGGAUUUUGAAGUUUCCACACGAUACACCCCACCAGCAGACUACAAGAUACUGACUGAACAGAGCCUCCCUGAUGCUAGCACCACUCUCAUAUACCUGCACCGUGACGACACCCAGUAUCUCCUUGAGACCCCUAUGCCUGCCUUGGGGGUGAAGGUCCCAUUCCCACUACCCCCCAGACAAGCUUAUAAUGGAAUCGUCCUGCAGACAACAAGGACAGAUCACCAUGGACACAUAAAGUACCAAUGUCAGCGAAAAUCGAAAGGUUUUACCCUGAAUUCAGUGAUGACUAAGGACGAUUUGGAGAGACUGAAGGCAAAAGCAGAGUUAUUCAUGCUGAGAGAUCCAUCUACACAUGAGGUCAAGGUCAUGUUCCGGAACAAGCCGCGGGAGAAAAUGGACGACAUCAUGGAAAACAAGGCUGGACUGAUGAAGAAAUACAUCAAAGACAGGAAUGGGGAUGCACACUCCCCAAUCAACAACAACAUUGAUGGCCUCUUUUUCAGCGUCUCUCUUGACAGAGGGACUUUAAAUAUUCCUACUUUCUCGUAUUAUGGCAACCGGAGACUGGAUGUACCAGUUGAAGGGCUCUUCACACAAAACACAAAUAUAUAUUUCACCGAUUUUUAUUGCACCUAUAGCGCUCAUUACGUGACAGUUGUCAUGACAAUAAAAGAUUCGGACACAGACAGAUUCUGUGAGGCAACCCUGCUCCAGCUGGACCCCUACGACAAUCCGUUCCUUUAUAGAGAGGGACUGACGGUACACACGACCCGGGCCCUCCAUGUUGAGGUGCUGUACACGGAGGACGUGAACAUCACAGCCCUGCAGGAGCAGUAUGGGACAGACAGAGUAUGCUUCUCCAACACAAGGGCUCUUGGAAGUGGGCAGAGCACUAAACAUGGCCUACCGAAGAACAGACGUUGUGUCAUUUGUAACUUGUGAUCAUUGUCCAGGGUUUGAAAUUGACGCUUUGUGGUAGCAAAUUUGCUAUUCAAAAUCCUAUUUUGCGACCUGAAAAAACCCACACAGUAGCAACAACUUGCUACCUGGUAUUUUUUACUGAAACCACUUACGUUCAUCAAUUAGCAGUCAUUUUCAAAGGAAAGUUCUCCACUUGUGCACUUUCACUCAUAAACUUACCGAUACUGGUAAUUUAAUUUCCAACAAGAAGACAAAGUCAUCAAUAUCCCCCGCAAUGGCAAAAUACUCUUCAUGAUUAUGUCUACGAGUUAUGAUUAUGUCAAAUA